AAAUCUUUGAGAUUUGAAUCAUUUUACUUUUUUCAUUUGAAAUCAGUUUUCGUUUGUUGGAAGUCGUUAAAAUUUUGUCUUCUUAAUGAAUUCAAUGAAGAGAGUAAUUCCUUUGUUAGAUCGCAUCCUAGUUAGACGUGCCGAACAAAUUGCAACGUCCAAAGGUGGAAUUAUGAUUCCAGAAAAAUCUCAAGCAAAAGCUCAAGAAGCAUUAGUAAUUGCUGUUGGACCUGGUGCUAGAAAUUCUAAUGGAAAUCAUGUACCAGUGGCUAUAAAAGAAGGUGAUAAAGUCUUACUACCGCAAUUUGGUGGAACAAAAUUGGAAAUAGACGAUACGGACAAUAAAGAGUACAUCUUGUUGAGAGAAUCUGAAAUUCUUGCCAAAAUUGUAUGAGGCUUUAUCGUAAAAAAAAAUGUGGAUGCAUGAUUUUCCAGAAUGUCUAAAGCAAUUUAAAAAUGUUGAAUUACUUGUUAUAUUUUAAUUAAUAAAAAGAAAAAACUACUAAAAAUAA